GAGAAGCGUUACAUGAACACAUCAGUAGUUGCUAAGAAAAAGGGAUUAACUAAGGAAAGAUGUAAUUUUUUGAGGAAAAAUAGAGAAGAAAAACAUUGAUUCGUGACUUGCUUUGCUGAGAAUUAGGAACAUGACUUUGUUCCCAGAGAGACAAUUUUAAAAAAGGAUAAAAUGCAUGGAGAAGUGGAAAUCUUACGCCAAAGGGUACAGACACUACCCAAUACAAGUAGCAGUUUCAGAGACCAGACUUACCUAUCCUUGCUUCUUAGUAGCUCAGGACCAAAAAUGGGGAGAAAAAAGUUGACACCAAUAGGAAGCAAGCGACACCCUCCUAGUCAGUACUCCUUUAACCACAGUGCGGAGUACCACCGAGAACUCCAAGAUGACAUCAACCACAUUAUGGAGGAUGAGUUCACGGCAGAACAUGGCACGCCAAAAUAUGUGAUGGAUAUCAGCAAUCAGGUCUCCCAUUCAGGAGAGUCGCCGUUGUUUUUGUCAAAAUUGCUGCCAGCAAACAAGUUGGAGCAACGAAAUGGCCCAAUAAAAUGGCACAAGGCUUUACUUCAGCCUAACAAAUGUGCUCCACCACUAAAGCAAAAUGGGCAAACAUUUUACAGACCAAAUAGUACUCAUCAGUAUUUGACAACCACAGAACUCAAAAACAGCGCAAUGAAUGAGGUGAAUGUGCAGCUUGGAAAGCCGACGAGAGCAUCUUUACUGCGAGCAAGACACAGAUGCAGUUCAGCACCAGUGAAUGCUUAUGAACAAAGGCGACAAACACCAAGAGUGCCACCAGUCAGCAGGCCGCAGAGUGCAUCCAGCGGUAUUAGAAGAGCACCUCAGCCUCAGGUGCCAGCAGGAGAGUCUGUUCACUCUUUUCUUAUUGGGGCAAGAUACAACAAUGCCCACUACCUAGAUUCAAAAAGCCUUUUCAAGUUUGGCGUCUACAUGCCUCGCAGUAACCCAGGACAGACCUUCUUUGUGGAGAAAAUAAGGAAAACCAUAGAGAUGAAGGACGCUGAAGGCAAUAUAGUUGACCAUGUAGAUGACCAGUAUGGAUCUGACCAACACACGCCUGGGACACCUCAAGAAUCUACAUGCUCUGACUCUGAUGAAGAGAACACUCCCGGUUCAGGGUCUGGCCAUGCCUCAGUCUCUGCGACCACCUUUCCUGAAGCCUCCGCCACCUACCCACCAGUUUAUGAGAGGCAUGCAAGGAAUCAUGGUCACCCACAGACUGAGGCAGGCCAUCUCUCCAGUAGACACGACUCCUUCCCUCCUCCUCCUCCUCAUCCUCACCAUCUCUCCAGACCCACCCCAGCCACCUCCACACCAAACAUACCCAGAAGCAUGCAGGACAGCAGGAAACGGCCCUCCAGUGCCAGAGACAACAGCAAGAAGAACCUGUUCCUCUUUGACUUGCCCAAGGACAUACGACUGAAGGGAGUUAAAGUCAGUGGUGCACAGCUGAAAGGUGCCAAAUAUCAGAAAGCCCCAGUUCCUCUGAGUACCCACAACCCACUAAUGAACAGUAUUGAAGUCCAGGGUGUCCAGGCAUCCGUGUGGAGCCCCAAUGCAGUGACAGCAAGACCUGUGAAUACUCCAAGACAGACCACCAAGACACCAGGGGUCACCACUGAGCAAAAUGUGGCAGCUUUACAAGAGAAGCCAGAAUCAGCAGCUGAUGGGAAAUCCCAAUCACAAGAGGAUCUGGCCAUUCCGAGCACUCUGGUGGAGGAGGACAACACUGGGCUUGCAGAAGAAAGCGCCACAGCAAGGGGUAAUAGCAUGCUGGACUACAGCAGUGUCACAGGCGGAGUUAAUGCAAAUGACAUUGGGAAUGACCUUGAUGACCUUGAUGAGCUUAUUGAGGAGGUUGAUGAGGCCAACAAAAGUCAGGAUGAACAAGUUGAUCCUGCCAAUCAAGUUAUUCCUGAACAGGCUACUGAACCAAAGGAUGAUUUGAAUAAUGAGGUCAGUCUCAAGGAAGACAGUCAUCAACAUGAAAGUGAAAACAGGGCAGUGGAGGGUGCUGGUGAUGCCCACAUCGAAGACAGGUCCAUACCAAUGGCAGUCGAAGGCGUUGUUGGCAGAGAACAAGAUGAGACCAAUACAGGGUUAUUAAUGGCAGAUCAAGAUGGAGUAACCAGUAAAGAAGGUGAAAUGGAAACUGGAGAGAAUCAAAUGACUGUUGAUCCCAACCAACAGGAUAGUGUGCUCUUCUUUGUCACUGAAGAAGAAGAUGAAAAUAAAAACAAAGAAACACUAAACACUGCAGAUGGAACUGGAGAACCAGAUUCCAGCCCUGUAGUUAGCCAACAGGAUAAUGAUUUGGCCCACUUAAAUCAAAACAACAACAAUAAUAAUGACUCUGUGCAUCAAGUGAAACAGUCAAGUCGAAGAGCAGAAGCCUCCCUGACUAUAGAUAUUGACUUGCUCACUCUGGAAGAGCUCACAAAUACGUGAUACUAAGUAUGGUUAUCAUGGCCACAAGCCUGAUGAAAUGUUUUAGUGUUAAUUACACCCUAUGAGCUCAAUUAAAAAAGUAUUUAAAUGCCAGUAUUAAUACUUGGAAUUUGUAGUAUUGACAGGGUAUGUAUUUUGGUAUUUCAUUGUUUAAUUUAUAUACUGGUACAUUCAUUCACAUGUGUUAUGAUUUGCAUAAUUUCCAAAAAUGUGCAUGCCUUUUGUGUCCUUUUAUCACUGGCAGAUAUGUAUGGCAUUUGCCCAUUACCUUUUUUACUGAAAGUUGUUCUUGCAAAUGUCUAUCUUUGGAGUCAGUGGAUAUAUAUAUAUAUAUAUAUA